CAUCGUGAUCAUGUGAUUUCAGUGGAAGUGUCUCCCAAUGUUUCAACAAUCGUUCUUUUGCGUUGUUGAUACCCUGAGCUAGGUAACAUGCUGUUAGUAUUAAGUGAUGAACAUAAAGAGCACCUGGGAUUUCUGCCUGAGGUGGACUCUGCGGUGGUGGGGGAAUUUGGACGAAUAGCGGUGGAAUUCCUGAAGAAAGGUUCCAACCCUAAAAUUUAUGAGGGAGCUGCAAGGAAAUUAAAUGUGGCAGUGGAAACAGUUCAGCAUGGAGUUGAAGGACUGAUGUAUCUUCUCACCGAGAGCUCCAAACUAAUGAUCUCUGAGGUGGACUUCCAGGACUCCGUGCUGGUGCUGGGCUUCUCUGAGGAGCUCAACAAGCUGCUCCUGCAGCUGUACUUGGACAACAGGAAGGAGAUCCGGCACAUUUUGAGCGAACUUUCCCCCUCCCUGCCACACUACCAUAAUCUUGAGUGGCGACUGGAUGUACAGCUGGCCAGCAGGGUUCUGAGGCAGCAGGUGAAGCCAGUGGUGACUUUCAAGCUGCACCUGGAGAAUGAGGGGGUGAGGAGCGCCCGCGUCCUGCAAACAGACCCUGCCACUCUGCUGCACAUCAUCCAGGAGCUGGAGCGGGCACUGGCCGAGGUGAAGACGAACCACUGCCGCAGGAUCCUGCGGAACAUCAAGUAGCCUGCUGGCCAGCGGCCCAGGGGACACCCUUCCCCGCACUGUGCAAAUAACGCUUUCUGCAUCAGUGACAGGAGGGAAGGAGAGCGGCAGCUUUCAGAUCUAAACACAAAAAGCACUCUUAAUGAUGCCACUGUACUGCUCUUUCAGCAAGGACUGAACAAAACUGUUUUGACUUUUUUUAUCAGUGCCAUAUGUAGGCUUGGAGGAUUUUGACCCAUUUUCUACCAGCUUUACCUGUCUUUGGUUCUGGUAAUUGACAGGUAAUUCUCAAUGUUUCCUUUAUUAGAUUGCAAAGAUUUUGUCGUAAACCAUGCUUUUGUUUUCAGAGAAGGGUACACAUAAUGUGCACUUAUAUUCUUCAAAAGACAGGUUGCUUAAGCAUUGAAAUAGGCUUGAAUUUUUCUUUUACUCAAACAGGAAAUAUUCUGUCAUUGCAUUGGCACUAAAUUGAUAGAUUGUAGAGGUUAUUCUGAACAGAUCAGCGUAUCAGGUAAGGGUGAGGCAUAUUUCAGAAUUAAUUGUGGACAACCUCCAAGCCUAUAUAUAAUGUAGAGUAGGAUUUGAUGUCCACAUGUACCUGGUUAAAUGUAGGACAAGCGUGGUUCAGAUAACACAGAGCAAUAUAUAAAAAUAUAUAUGGAAGAUGACAACUGUGACAGAAGAGAAGCAAGACUAGAUGGACCUGCUCUGGUUUUGUGAUGUAAUUUGGCAAUUGGCGUCCGUUGUGUUUCACAAUUGAUUCCCUUAUCUGCUCUUAAAUUGGUCUGUUAAAUGCCAAUAUGCUCACACAGUCUUUGUCUCACUGCAAUAUACAGUAGAAUUACCAAGUCAUGAUCUCAUUGAGUAGGCAGCAUCGUAACUCUGAAUUACCCUUAAUAACUUAUUUAACAAAAUAGACUCAACACUAUAGAAUUUAAAUAACUGAUAAGUACAGGUGCAUCAUCCAUUUGCAAGUGAUUGUAUAUCUGGAGUCCUACUGUACAUAAAGGUUACAGAUGUCAUUGAAAUUCAGCAUAAUUUGUUUUGCAGCCUUUGUCAAUGCAGGGUCAUGUAGUGUACUGUUUGUUUGAUUUUUAAAUUGCCUUCCAUUUGUACUUUUUUGCAUUUUAUACAGUUGGUUUGAAGUAUUGUGCUAAGAGCUUUUGCAUAGGAAAGUCUUGUUCCUGUAUACAUGGUCCAGAUUUCCAAUAAGUGCAAAGAGCCGAAGGAGUCUUUUUCUUAAUGUGGGACCAAUUUUGAAAUGGUGAGGAAGGAGAAGAGGAAAGAGUAUUGCACUGUAGAGUAAAAAAUUCAUCUCUGCAUUGGCUGUUCAAUAAGGCAAACAUCUGUCAACUAGCAAACUGGACGAUUCCGGUUCCAGACAAUCUUUAGAGGUGCAGUUCUGCACAUGCUUGGAAAUUGGACACACAGAUCUGAAGCAAUGUUUGUAACGUGUCAUAAUUCAUUUUCAUUGCCUUUUUAAAACUUGCGCAUGCCUUGCAGGGAAAGUUGCGGAUGUUUAAGCAUUAGAUUGUGACUAUAAACACCAUGUUCACAGCUGUUUGUAUUUUUGCCUGAAUGGAAAAAAUGAAUGCUUGAAUUUUACAACUAUGAGUUUUUAUAAAGUGAGAU